UUAAGCGCAUAGUAUAAGGUGCCGAAGGUUUUGGAAAAAACAAAUUCUUCUUUUACUAUUACGCUGAAUGGACUUUUGAAAUAUUGUCUUGACGUCUCUGGUCAGCCAAAGGUCCGAGGAUGUUUCCACUCUUCACGAAAGCUGCAUUUAACCCGCAAACCGGCCACUGACGGACUUUUUACGCACGGAGAAAGCUCGGUUCUCAGGCACUUUGUUUUCAUAUUUAUCUGGAUGAACGUUACAAAACGUUUUCAAUGAUUCGAGAUCUGAGCAAGAUGUACCCCCCGGCGCGGCAUCCGGUCCCCCACCAGCCGGGACAGCCGUUCAAGUUCACUGUCACCGAGUCCUGCGACCGGAUCAAGGAGGAGUUCCAGUUCCUGCAAGCGCAGUAUCACAGUCUGAAAUUGGAAUGUGAGAAACUGGCCAGCGAGAAAACUGAGAUGCAGAGGCACUAUGUCAUGUACUACGAAAUGUCAUACGGCCUGAACAUUGAGAUGCACAAGCAGGCGGAGAUCGUUAAACGGCUGAAUGCAAUCUGCGCCCAAGUCAUCCCCUUCCUCUCUCAAGAGCAUCAGCAGCAGGUGGUACAGGCAGUAGAGAGGGCCAAGCAGGUCACCAUGGCUGAACUCAACGCCAUCAUAGGACAGCAGCAGCUCCAGGCUCAGCACCUCUCUCACAGCCAUGCCAUCCCUGUGCCGCUAACACCCCAUCCGGCAGGCCUUCAGCCCCCUCUGCCUCCUGGGGCCAGUACUGCCAGCCUGCUGGCUCUGUCCUCUGCCCUGAGUCACCAGCUGCCACUCAAAGAUGAGAGAAAGCAUCACGAAAACAACAGUGAACACACAAGAGACAGAGACUCGGUCAAGAGCUCAUCUAUCUCUCCAUCAGCCAAUUUUCGAACCGGAGAGAAGCAUCGAAGUUCAAGUGAUUAUUCCUCUGACAGCAAGAAACAGAAGACAGAUGAUAAGGAGCUGACCUCCACACGCUAUGAAAGUGAUGGAGAGAAGAGUGACGAUAACUUGGUAGUGGAUGUCUCCAAUGAGGAUCCAGCGUCUCCUCGAGGAAGUCCUGCCCACUCUCCACGAGAGAAUGGAUUGGAUAAAAGUCGUCUGUUGAAGAAAGACCCGCCACUGAGUCCUUCCUCCAUCGCGUCCUCCAGCAGCACACCUUCAUCCAAGUCUAAAGAUAUUAAUUUGAAUGAGAAGUCCACAACUCCUGUGUCCAAGUCCAGCACCCCGACAUCCCGCUCCGAAGCCCCCACACCAAGCAGUGCCUCCACCCCUGGCUUGAGGUCGGCACCCAGUAAAUCAUCAGGAGUUGAGGCACUGACUCCUGGUCUCCGCACACCCCUGGCAGUGCCCUGCUCGUACCCCGGCCCAUUUGGAAUGGUUCCUCACCCUGGUAUGAAUGGAGAGCUGAGUGGAACAGGAGCAGCCUACACUGGCUUGCAUAACAUUUCCCCACAGAUGAGUGCAGUGGCCGCCGCUGCUGUGGCAGCCUAUGGACGCACACAAGUGGUGGGAUUUGAUCCUCACCACCACAUACGUGUUCCUGGACUUCCUCCUAACCUGUCAGGCAUUCCUGGUGGAAAACCAGCCUAUUCCUUUCACGUGAGCGCUGACGGACAGAUGCAGCCUGUGCCUUUUCCUCCGGAUGCACUGAUCGGCCCCGGCAUCCCGCGCCACGCUAGACAGAUCAAUACUCUCACCCACGGGGAGGUUGUGUGUGCCGUUACCAUCAGUAACCCUACGCGUCAUGUUUAUACCGGCGGCAAGGGCUGUGUCAAGGUGUGGGAUAUCAGUCACCCGGGCAACAAGACCCCUGUUUCCCAGCUGGACUGCCUUAACAGAGAUAACUACAUUCGAUCCUGUCGGUUACUUCCUGAUGGACGAACUCUCAUUGUUGGAGGCGAAGCGAGUACUUUAUCAAUCUGGGAUUUGGCUACGCCGACUCCUCGGAUCAAAGCAGAAUUGACUUCGUCAGCACCUGCAUGUUAUGCUCUGGCUAUCAGCCCUGAUUCCAAAGUCUGCUUUUCCUGCUGCUCUGAUGGAAACAUCGCUGUCUGGGAUCUUCACAACCAGACUCUGGUUAGGCAGUUUCAGGGCCACACAGAUGGAGCCAGCUGUAUAGACAUCUCUAACGAUGGAACCAAGCUUUGGACUGGGGGGCUGGAUAACACGGUCCGGUCCUGGGACCUGAGAGAGGGACGCCAGCUGCAACAGCACGACUUCACCUCUCAGAUCUUCUCACUGGGAUACUGUCCAACGGGAGAGUGGCUGGCAGUGGGGAUGGAGAACAGUAAUGUGGAGGUGCUGCAUGUCACCAAACCUGAUAAAUACCAGCUCCACCUGCAUGAAAGCUGCGUUCUGUCACUCAGAUUUGCGCACUGUGGGAAGUGGUUUGUAAGUACAGGAAAGGACAAUCUGCUAAAUGCAUGGAGAACCCCAUAUGGAGCCAGCAUAUUUCAGUCAAAGGAGUCAUCCUCAGUGCUGAGCUGUGACAUCUCCAUCGACGAUAAGUACAUUGUGACAGGCUCAGGAGACAAGAAGGCAACCGUCUAUGAGGUCAUCUACUGAGAGAGCCGUGCUUGUUUAAAUAACAAGGCCAUCCAACCGUGAGGUCUCCUUCAUCUGUGUAAAUUUUUUAUGUGUAUAGGAUCAACUUAAAAGGAUCAAACGAAACAUUUUCUCGGACCAUGACCUACUGACCUUCUGGCUAGUCAAGGAUCAAACCCAACAAGCAGACCCGAGCACAGAUUUUUGUUUUCUUUUGAAGUCGCUUUUU